AUGUUCACCUCGUUGCUGCGAUCCAGAGGUCACAGUCGUCACAUCGAUGAUGAUGGGCUACCGACUUCCCCUUCUGCGGGCCCAGCCUUCCGCAAGCCACCCCUUCGCAGACAUGCCACGGCAGACUUCACGGAAGCGGAUGAUGACGACGAGGAUUCAAACGACGGCAUGGGCGAUCAAUACGUUGAGGGAGACGAAGAGCAAGACGAUGAGGACAAUAGACUAGACGACGAGGAUGGCGUGCGUCGCUCCCUGCCUGUGCUACCUCUCUUCUCCGCCUCCUAUCUCGACUCCCUACCGAUCUACAACAUUACCCAUGCGAUCCGUGUCGUCGUCCAAGCCCGAACCGAAACGAGUUUAACAUGGGAACAACUUCGCUCGCCCCAGGUCUCCCAAUUCCUGGUGAAGCCCAUGCAGCAGCAGAUCCGUACACAACACUUCUCCAGAGCGACACUGUAUGCGCUGAUGGCAAACUGUCUCCAGUUUCACAAGGAGAGCCAACUGUAUCCGGGAAACGCCGGCACGAGCAUCACGCGCGCCAAGGUUUGCGAGCUGCUGGCCGUCAAGCUGCUCAAGGAGUACAACACGCGCGAACUGAUUGACGCGCUCUCCUAUGAUUUCUACCCACUCCAGGGCCUGCCUGGCAUCCAGCUCCCCGUGACCAAUUCCAAAGCAGAUGCCACGGCCAAGGCUGGGCUCACGGCCGCAAGGACAUCGACACUCGAGGUUGCGAUUCGUGCCUCAGCAAAGCACUUCUUGGCACAUCCUCUCGUUGUGCAGCAGUUGGAAGCCAUCUGGAACGGUGCCAUCACCUUCUACUCGUCGGCGGAUACACUGCACCGGGGACCACCUUCAACACCAGUUUACCCUCCCAGCAAGAGUUCAAGCAAAGCCGACGACCGGACGCCGCUCCUGGGCGGACAUCAGCGAAAGGAAAUUGCAGCACAAGCCGUUCCCGGCAGACGGAGCGUCAUUCUCUAUGAUCCGCGCAACGCUUCCUUAUUCAAGCUAUCACGCCUGCGUGUGCCUCGAUACCGAUUCUUCUUGUCGACUCUGUCGCUCAUGGUCUUGAUCUGCCUGUUCCUGAGUGUGCUGGUAGAGCGGUCCACACGAAUCACCUCUCUCGAGCUCAUAUUCUGGUUCUGGUCCGCCGGCUUCAUGCUCGAUGAACUCGUCGGUUUCAACGAGCAGGGCUUUUCCCUCUACAUCAUGAGUUUCUGGAAUAUCUUUGACCUCGGCAUCCUCGUCCUCCUCAUCAUUUACUACUGCAUGCGUGCCUACGGUGUCUUUCUCGUGGACCCGGGCCAUUGGAACGACCAAGCCUACGAUGUGCUCGCCGCCAACGCCAUCCUCCUUCUCCCCCGUAUCUUCAGCGUGUUGGACCACUACCAAUAUUUCUCCCAGUUGCUCAUUGCAUUCCGGUUGAUGGCUGUGGAUCUGGCUGCCGUACUAGUCCUUGUCCUGAUUUCCUGCAGCGGCUUCUUCGUAUUCUUUACUCUAUCCAAGAAUUCCAAUGACGCUGGCGAAGUCGCGUACAAGAUCUUCCAGAUCUUGAUGGGCUUCACACCCGCGGCUUGGGAUAAGUGGCCGACGUAUGGAAUUCUCGAGAGGACUUUGAUGGGGUUGUUCCUGAUCAUGUGUCACUUCGUCGUCGUCACAAUCCUCAUCACCGUUUUGACGAACUCGUUCAUGAAGAUUGCGAGUAAUGCUACCGAGGAGCACCAGUUCUUGUUUGCACUCAACACCAUCUCUAUGGUCAAGAAUGAUGCCCUAUUCUCAUACGUUGCCCCCGGCAACAUUUGUGCCUGGUUGCUGAUGCCGCUUCGUUACUGCAUGCCCCUACAGCACUUUGUACUGUUGAACCGGACUAUCAUCAAAGUUACACACUUUCCUCUGCUGUUCUGCAUCUUCGCAUAUGAGAAGUUCUGGUUGGCAUCCAACAUUUAUGAACCUACCGAUCUCGUCGAAAACCCUGGCCGCGGACGUGGGAGACAUAUGUCUCUCGCCGACCCGGUCAACCGCGGCGCAAUGUUCAGCCCCAAUGUUCGGGUUCGGGAAGAAUCGGUGGUAGGCUUCCAAAAAGACAGGGCCUUGGAGGAAGUGUUCCGGCGAGGACCUGGCAUUGCUACCCUCCGAAGCCACAGAAGAAACGAAAGGAGGAAGACACAAAACGCCAUCCGAAACUGGAUGGAACAGCAUGACGAGGUCGGAUCUUCCCCCGGCAACCGCGAAUGGCCGACUUUGGACAGCAAAGCUGCACGGCCGGACUGGCACCGCAGGUUCAGCAUGAAUCGAGACUACCGGCCUAACAGGCUCAGGCAGUUUUCUGACCUACGUUCUGCCGCUAGCGAUCCAGCAGACAUGAUGUCCCAGGGGCACCCGGCCAUUGAUGCUUCCCUUGCUCGCAAUGAGAAAAGCUUCAGACGUGGGGAAGAAGUGAAGGACCAAACGGACGCCGACGGUGAUGACGAAUUGGUCACUAAUGAUGAGGAGGAAGAAGAUGAGAUGACCAACGCUGGUGACCACCAGCGAACCCGCUAUGAGAGGCAUACCGAACAAGAAGACUACUUCACGACAGCACAGGCAACACACUAUCAUGCCCCGAAAACUUCUUCGCAAGGGUCCAAUGGCAAGACACCCAUGGCGGGGUCGCCUCGGACUGCCAACAGGCGCGCACUUCAUAACCGGACUCUUUCAACGAAUACGAUACUGUACGCGCCACAGCCAUCACGACGAGAACCAAGCGUUUCGUCUGCGUCGCCGCCAGAGCCGACAACCGUCCGCUCACGUCCACUGAGCGCCCGUGCCUCCAUCAUUGAAGUGCCGUCAGGUAGUGGUCAUCGCUCGCCUCGUCGACAGUUGUACAUGACUUCAGUCAAGCCCAGACCGAUCAUGCCGCCGCGGGACUUGGUGCAGACAGCUCCUCACCGAGCUGGGCUUAUACCUGUGGAGUCGCGACAUAGGCUCGGCGGCGUCCGCAGACUUUCUUCGAUUGAUCUCAGUGCCAUGUCCGAUAACACGAAUUUGAUGGCUCCCGAUGAUCCGAAUGGGGCCGUCCCGUCGAGUUUCCAAACCCAGAUGGCCAUGGCGUUGAUGAAAGACUCACGUCUUGCCGGGGGGCGCAGUGGUGACGCUGCGGAUAGGGACCGUAUGAGCCGCCUUGUUCUCGCACGCAUGAAGACACUCGAAGAGAGUUUCGCAGACGUGGCACGAGAACUACGUGGACUCAAGACGAAUUCCAACUCGACAGCGCCGCCGACUAGACACAACUCUUCGGGCGAAGACAUUUCGAAAACCUCCCGAUCAUCUAUAGCCGAUGCAGCUGGUCGGGAUCGCCGGAAAGGGCCAGAUGAGGCUCGGCCCAAGAUACUCAAAAGGACAACGACUGCCACGAAGAGGCCCGGAAGCCGGAAGAGUAUGAUGGAGCCCCGCGUGGGGAUGACCAAGUCCAAAAAUAAGGGCAAGGAAGUGGCUCAAUCAUCUGAUUCGGAUGAUGGGAGGGCCAGCGACAGAGGUGAAGAUGACUUCGCGAAGAAGGGCAGCUCACUCUGA